AUGAAUAUCUGGUCCAUUAUCCCUCGUUUGACAGACCAAGAUGUUGUUGAAUUUGCCAUGGAUACAAUACAUGUUUCUAGUCUCAUAAACUGUGCCGUCAAAUGUCAACAGAAAUCAAGUUGUAGAACAUUCCAGUAUAAUGGACUUACUGAAAUGUGUAACUUCUACCAGCAAGAGAAUUGCAGGGCCACUGGAUCCGGUAUAGGGAACAAAUUCUUUCAAUUAAUGCCACAGCAUUGUGUUUCUGGACUGGAUGAAUGGUUCCCAGAAAUUCAGAAGUGCAUCUGGCUUCCCCCGACAACUCUGAACUAUUACGACGCUAAUACUACUUGUCAAUCAGUGUCUAAAACUCUUAUCAGCAUGGAGACUCCAGCAAAAUUCCAGUUUGUGAAAGAUUUGAUGAAUAUGAUGGGAUAUUUCUGGAUUCACUUAUAUGCACGAAGAGAAAGAGAGAACUCAUACAGCUGGAAAUCAGGUUCUCCUAUUACACAAAACUGGUGCCCCGGCCAACCGGAUGGCGAUUCUCCUUGUGUAGGACUUGACAUGAAGCUAGACGCCUGGUGUCCUGUUGGAGGAUUGGACGAUAUAAUUUGUUCAGAUACAAGACAUUUCUUCUGUGAAUAG